GUGUCAAUCCCCUCUACCCCCUAACGUGGCUCAAAUUGUGUUCAGCUGUACUCAUACAGAGAGAGACGGCAUGCAUAUGCUUAGGCUAAGCACCUAUCAAUCCCAUCAUCCUUUUACACGUGAAGCCAAGGACAGCAAGACGCCUGUUGGUUCCUGAUUUUUUGGGGUCUAUAGUCCUAUACACUGCGCAUGAGUGUUUAGGGUGACAUAUACGCACCGACCACACUCACACACCCACGCAUCCAUACUUCAAGGCCGUGUCAGGUCGUGUCAUAUUGCUGUCAAGCUGGUAGCAUUGUGACCGGACCGUUGUGGCCACCAUGAUUGUCAAGACGACGGCCAAGCUCGUCGCCGUGCUUAGUCCACUCCUCGUCAUCGGCUACCUCGUUCCUCACUUCCUCAACGCCCCCCGCGAACUUCCUCCUCAAGCGCCGUUCCCAUGGAUCAAGCAUACAGAUACCUCAGACAGCAAUCCUCUGGCGGUGAUCCCUCCGUCACACAUGCUCGUCAUCGACGACGAUGGAAAGCCCGUCAUUGACACCGCCGUUUACCGACCGUUGCAUUCCAACUCGACAGCCACGGGCGAUUACUUCAAAGUCUUCUUGGGAAGCAAGCAAGGAUAUAAUCCCAGUUUCAUUCCUCACCCCCUGAAGCACGACAGUUGGCUGGUUAUUGCCAAACAAGUGCAGACACACGAGUUGGGACACAUCCAUGAGCAACUCAUGUGCACGGCGGGCUUCUUGAACGACGUGCUCGUCUGCAACGCCGACCCGACCAUCAUCCCUAUCGAGAAGACGGUUGGACAAUGUGAGGGAGACAAAGCCAGCUUCAACUUUGGACAGGGUCCGCGAGACGCCCGGGUGUUUCACGGCCCAACCGCACCUUACAUUCUCUACGGCUCUCUAUCUGGAUACACCUGUCUCGGUGUCUUUGUGCAGGAUGCUCGCAUGCUAGUGGACGAAUUCCGUCUGGAGGCGGUUCUAGUGGAUCAAUUCAAGGCGGGUACUGAGAUUCAACGCCCACCACCGUACGCGGAGCUCGAGAAGAACUUCUUCCUGUUUUGGGAUUCCAAGGAGGAAUUGUAUGUGCACUACGACCUCCACCCAAAACGAGUCUUUGCGAAGCUAUUGCCCGAUGGCUCUGUCGGUCCAGAUCUGGCUCCGUUGGCUGCCCCCCAGGACGAGAAGUGUUUACAGCAGUAUCUGCCUCAAUUGCCGGCCGAGAAUGCAUUUAUUCACCAGGCGACGAACGCUCUGUCCAUCACACUCUGCCGCCGUGCUGAUCCUAAUUGCAAGCCCGACGACUCAAACACCUUUAUCAUGCACAUCUUUCACUACAAGACCUUUUUCGACUGGCACGGUGGCUACGAGCCCUAUAUCAUUCUAUUCCGCCAGACGGCCCCCUUCGCGGUGCAUUCCAUCUCCUCCAAGCCCUACUGGAUGAGUGGACGCACUCGCUUCUCCAAGGAAACAGGCGCCGUGCUAUGGGAAGGUCGCAAUGACUUGCCCGAGAAUCAUUCGGAAAUGUUCUACGUCACCAGCAUUAGUUGGAAGACGCACGGCCAGAGAUACCACGGCUACAUCGACGACCCUGUUUAUAUUGGAUUUGGCAUCGAGGAUUCCAGAUCCGGAGGCAUGGAUGUCAUCGCCGAGGAGUUGUUGCAAGAUCUCAAUUUCUGUUAGAUUAGAUAUGACCCAAAAGUCGGUUGUCAGGCUUGGGCUCAUGGGUCGUUCGCAUUCAGCAAUGAGUUUGGCGUUUGGGUCGGGAGGGUGGGCAGAACAUGUGGAAUCAAGGAGGCCCCCUACUUGUGUCAUCAGAUCGCAAUGUUUAACGACUCAUAAUGUUAU